AUGGACACCGAAGACGAACACAUGAAUGACGGCACAGAGAAUGACAAGCUUGCAGAGGAUGUCCAGGAAGAUGUGAGUGAGCCGCAAGAGGAAUCUUCAACCGCUCAGAAUCGACAUGACAGCAACUCAGCGCCCCGGUUCCCCAUCCCCAAACGGGCCAUGGGUGCCGUGGAGAUUCCCAUGAUCGUCAUGAAUCUGGACAGAGCAGAGAAGGCCUUUGGAAGCAUUUCGUCGUUCCAGAAUAUCCUCGACACUGAACGGAAUACAAUCCCCUUCUAUCUCAACCCCGAGAGCCCAUUCCGCAGGCCAAUCAUGUCACACAGUGCUACAAGUCACAAUGUCGUGCUGAAGGUGACCGUGCCGAAGCGGACUGGCAGGAAACGCAAGAGGGGUACGGACGGGCCGUGGGAAGGUGAGGUCGAAAUGACCGAUGCGUCCCGGUCCAGAUCACCACGCGAGCAGAUCUGCUCCAGGUCGCGGCUAGACAAUCCGAAGGUCCUGCGGCGGAAAAUGCAAGACAAUGUCGACAAUUACGACGUGGAGGCCGUCGGCGUCAUCAAGCACACUCACCGGUUCCGCGGUAUGGCAGAUUUCCACUGGAGCCUGAAAGAGUCUCCUUUCAUUUCGAGAUUCAUGGAUCAGGUUAUGCCUGGUGACAUCACUCAAAUGAGGAACUUCCAGUUCGUCGACGGCGUCGACAAAGGACCAAACGUGGAUAUCAUCCCUCCACCAGUGUGGACGCCAAUGACGCUCCCAUUCAUCUACAACUACUCACAGAAUCCCUACGUGCGAUCUGAGCUCGACCACGCCGGACAGACCAAGCUCAUUAAUACCCAACUACCAACUCUUAUUGGCUACUUCUUGAAGGCAGAUCAGUACCCGAUCCCAACAGGCCCGCAAAUGCCAUAUGACGGAACCGACGAGGAGGUGACCACCUGCAUAGCCAAGAUGGAAGAAGCCAUGGAGGAACGACCUAUUUGGACACGCCGCUCCCUCCUCAAUAAACUCGGCUCCAUCGUUCGAAAUGCCAACGUCAUGAAGCGGUGCGUCGGCUACGUCGGGUAUCAGUUCCGCGGCGGACCCUGGCGCGACGCCAUCAUCAAGUACGGCAUCGACCCGCGCACCGACCCGGCCUACAAAACCUACCAGACGAUGAUCUUCAAUAUGCGCAAGCUGCAGGCUGGCCACAUUGGCGAGACGUGGCACGCCAUCCGCAGCCUGCGUACGGAGCAGCGCCAGCCCCAGGGCGACAACCACGAAAGCCACAUCUUUGACGGGAAGUCCUACUGGACCGACGGCAAGGUCUGGCAGAUUUGCGACAUCACGGAUCCGCUAAUCGCCAAGAUGUUCGCCACGGCACCGCAGCGGUCAGAGGUCGACAUCUACAACAGCGGCUGGUACCACCAGGGCACUUGGGCAAAGGUCAAGGGGAUCAUGAAGACCAAGAUGAUCGCCAUCCAGUUUGGCCGCAAGCUCAAGGACGAGGACUUCGCCGGCAUCUUUGACGUCCGUGAUACGACUCCGCCGCCCGGGUCGUCGAGCGUGCACAUCCCCCUGCCGGACCUAGAGCUCACCGAUGCCGAGAAGCGGGUGCUCUACGGCAGACGAUUCAAGGAGCCCAAGAAGAAGAGGAAAGGAACUGCCUAUCGCGUCACGAAGGCCAACGGACCUCGGAGUGUUGCAGCUGCGGCUGCCAUGGGUGCAGGAGAGGAGACCCCCGACGCGGAGCAGGGUGUUCAGGACGAACUCAUGUCGCUUGCGGGAGACGACAGUCUUGAGGAUGAAGAUGACGAGGACGACGGCUUCGGUCAAGAAGACGAAGGGUUUGCGCCUGUUCCUGGCAUGGAAGGCGAAGCAGAGGAGGGUUAUGCGGAAGAAGAGUACGACGAUGCAGAGACGUAUGAAUACGGUGAGGAAGGCGAAGGAUACGAGACAUACUAUGAUGAAGGAGAUGAACUGCCUGAGCAGACAGAGCCUCCGCGUUACCACGUUGACGAGACUCAAGCUGAGGGGGCUUACCCCUCUGCGCCGUUAUGA